AUGUUUCGUCGUACCUCUUUCCCCGCUGUCCUUGGUUAUAGUGAUGCUGAUUGGGCUCGUUGCACGAACACUCGCCGCUCCACUUAUGGUUAUGCUAUUUUUCUUGGUGAUAAUCUCUUGUCUUGGAGUGCCAAGAAACAGCCUACUGUUGCUCGCUCUAGUUGUGAAUCUGAGUACCGAGCUAUGGCUAAUACUGCUUCUGAGCUAGUUUGGUUGCUUAAUCUUCUUCAUGAGCUUCGUGUUCGCAAUAGGUUGAGUUUUGAUAAUACCUCGUCAUUUUCCCCCUCCCUCCCACGCACUCUCCAAAUUCUUCAGAGAAACCCUAAACCCUCCCCUUCUCCAUCGAUCUGUUCUCUCCAUCUCUGCAAAUUUCACCCUCGAUCCCACUCUCCCUCUCGAUCUGUUGCCUACUUGCCUCUUGAAGUUGAACCCACGCCCAAUUUUCCUACGAAUUAUAGAAGCCUGGGUGGUGGCUCAGGCCUUGAAGAACCUCGGCGAGACAGAGGUUGUGUCGGCGAUUCUUGGGGGCAAUAUUCUGAGGCUGGGAUUCCUCUCGAGUUGGGGCUGGUUGGUAGGCAAGUCAUUUGUCGAUUCACCACUCCACUCGAUCUUUCUUCUCUCUUCGAUUCUACUCUCUGUCACCGACGCUCUCCUCCAUGGUUGCCCUCCUCCACCACGCCGCUCUCCUCCACCACCGUUUGCCCUCCUUCACCGCCGUUUUCCUCUCCUCUGUCGAUUUCAAAUUCUGGAACGCUGAAAGAGGAUUCUCUUCUGGUUUCGUUUGAUUUAGUCAGUUCCAAUCAAUUUCAGACAUUCAAAGAAGUUGAUACAAAGCUUGAUGGGAAGAUUGACUUGGAAGAAUGGAAAGAACUUGUCGUGAAGCGUCCAUCUUAUUUAUUUAGAAUGCUAAAUGCUAUGGAAGGACUACAAAUUUUUAAUGGUCUGGAGUGUGAGAUAGCUUGCAGUUCUUCGAAGGUGUCAUAUGUUUUAGAUACCGACGAUGUCUUAUAUCGAACGAGAAGUAAAAGAAAGGUAGCAAAGUCUUCGAAUAUUAGUCCAAGCCUCACGGUUCCAUGGCUCAUAAUGAUAUGUAAAUAGACGUAAUUAGUGAGGUAGAGGACAUUUUUUCUAUUCAUUUUUGUUACUAGUGUAUUAUUUUUCAUUUCCUUUAGCUGCUACAUUGUUGAGGUUACUUUUUAUGAAAUUUGGUGGCUGCAAUUAGUCUCAAA